AUUUUCUCGUAAAAUUUGUUGAACAUAUGAUAUACUGUUCAUUAUACCUAAUCUGUUAGACUAAGUUGAUUUUUGCAAUGAAUCGAUAUGCAGCAUCAAACAAUAAUCCUACAAUGUGCAAAAAUUAAAACAUUUCAGAAGAUGUAUUCUACUAGACAAAAGUUUACCACAAAAGUUUAUCAUAAAAUUUGUCACAUUACAAAAUCCUACCAAGUGUACAUUAUGACAUUGCAAUUUUUCAUUUGACUUUAUUAAAAUAGGAGGUAAUGAAAGGAGUACAACUAGUUUACGACCUAGCAACGUUUAAGAGGCCGUCGCAGAUUACUCCAGAGGACAUUGAGGAAAUGCAAAAGCAGGCUCAACAACCUCAAACGGUUCUCAAUUUGGAUGGGAACGUGCCCGAUACACCAGGAACACCAGCGAUGUCCGCGUUCGCCAUCGAUGACGAAUUUAAUCUACCGAUAUCAGUGGCCAUCUUCAUUCUACUCGGUUACAUUUUCAUAGGUGCCACGUUGUUCUGUUUAUCAGAGGGAUGGGGCUUCUUCGAGAGCUUCUACUUCGUUUUCAUCUCCAUGAGCACUAUCGGCUUCGGCGAUUACGUGCCAAAGAUGCAUCCCAUAUACAUGAUGUGUUCGAUAAUAUACCUGGUGUUCGGCCUGGCUCUCACGUCCAUGUGCAUCAACGUUGUACAGGUGAUGCUGUCAGACUCGUUCAAGCAAGCGAGUCAGAAGAUUGGCGCAACGAUUGGCUUUGAGAUUGCGGAAGAGGAUCAAUCGGUAAAAGCAGCGGUUCCUCCGUCGGUCGAGAUCGCUGACGUCCAUACUACCAUCAAAGAGUCCGAUAUCGAGGAGAAAAUUGCACCAAAGGCCAAGCAAGAAGACGUCGAUUUAUAAAAACUUUCUACUAAACAUCAAAAGUCAAAUAGAAAUAGAACAAAAACGAAAUGUAGUCAAGUUAUUCGAUCGAUCGCUGCGUUCGCACAAUAGGGCACCAACAACACGCGCGUUUUCGCCUUUAAAAGAAUAAAUCUUAUUCGUUAAUCUGCUCGCUUAAAUGGACAAUAAUGAAUUUCAAUUCAAUGUUCAGUGACGAAUCGAGAUCGUGAAAGAACGAAGGCAAAUUACACAAAGAAUAAUGUUAAUCUACUUUUGAAAUUGGUGCUUCGAUUUUCAACGACUGUUCGCGGUCAUUUUCUUGAUUGAUCAUCGUACUUUGGACUUGGAUUUAGGAUUGAUACUAAGGCCCUUCAGGGACGACGCCUGUUGCUGAUAAUUUAGACUUUUUCAUAAUUUUCGUGGGUUUAAAUUAUAUAAAUAAUAAUAAUUAAGUAAGUUUAAUAAUAAUUUUUACAGCUUUAAAUGGUGAUAGUAAAGUUUCCAAACAGAAAGGAGGUAAUAAUUAUGUAC